AAUUUCCAGUUUUGGAAAAUUCUGUUUUUCUCUCAAGUUUAUCUGUUUGUUUCUCUGGGAAGUGUUAUUUCUGGAUUUUUCUGCAUUCGAUCCUGGGAUUCUUACAGCCAGCUUAAUUAUGUCCUGGACAUGGACCUUGCUGGCACUAGUUUUGGCUCUUUUCUUCUUCCUGCAAGCAUUGAAAUGGAGAAGAUCAAGUACAAAGAGUCAUAGGUUACCUCCUGGUCCAAGAGGGUUCCCGAUUUUCGGAAGCCUUCAUUUGUUAGGGAAGUUUACUCACAAAGAUUUUCAUCAACUUUCCAAAAAAUAUGGCUGUAUCAUCUUCUUACGUUUAGGCUUGAGUCCAACUGUUGUAGUCUCAUCACCUCACGCUGCUGAGCAGUUUCUGAAGACUCAUGACCUUGUUUUUGCCAGCAGGCCUCCUGUCGAAGCUUUAAAGUACAUAUGUUAUGGGCAAAAUAAUCUCUCUUUUAGUCCCUAUGGAUCAUAUUGGCGAACCGUUCGCAAGAUUUGCACCCUGGAACUUCUUAGCCACUCUAGGAUUGGUGCUUUCGGGACCAUGAGAAAGCAAGAACUCGAUCUCUUGAUAGGCUACAUAAAAGAGGCUGCUGCUGCUAGAGAUGCUAUCGAUCUAAGUGCCAAGGUCUCAUCUCUCAAUGCAUACAUGACUUGUCUAAUGGUGUUUGGGAAGAAAUAUAUGGAUGAAGAGUUUGGUGGUGGAGGGUUCGAAACUGUGAUCAAAGAGGCCACAACAUUGGCAGCCAAGCCCAACUUGAAUGAUUACAUUCCGCAUAUUGCUUCACUUGAUCUCCAGAGGCUGACAAAGCGCAUGAAGGCUGUUUCCAAGGUGUUCGAUGACUUCUUAGAAAAUAUUAUUGAUGAGCAUGUUCAAUGCAAGGAUGAAAAUAGAAACAAGGACUUUGUUGAUGUCAUGUUGAGCUUCUUGGGAUCAGAAGAAACCGAACACAAAAUUGAGGGACACCACAUUAAAGCCAUACUCGUGGAUAUGCUUGUAGCUGCAACUGACACUUCAGGAAGCACUAUCGAGUGGACGCUUUCGGAACUCAUCAAGCGUCCUGAGAUUAUGAAGAAAGUGCAAAAAGAGUUGGAAAAUGUUGUGGGACUUGACAGGAUGGUUGAAGAAUCAGAUUUGGAUAACCUGGAAUACUUAGACAUGGUUGUGAAAGAAACCUUGAGGCUCAAUCCUGUAAUUCCUUUGUUACUCCCUCAUGAAUCCGUGGAAGAUUGCACGGUAAACGGCUUCCACAUACCCAAAAAAUCACGCAUUUUUAUAAACGUAUGGGCAAUUGGAAGAGAUCCUGAAGCUUGGACUGAUCCUGAGAAGUUUUUCCCAGAAAGGUUUGUUGGGAAUAAAAUCCAUCUUCGUGGCUGCGACUUUCAGCUUCUCCCAUUCGGUGCUGGCCGCAGAGGCUGCGCUGGAAUGCAAUUGGCACUCACUGUGGUGAGGCAAGUGGUAGCACAACUUGUGCAUUGCUUUGAUUGGGAUCUUCCAAAUGGGAUGCUGCCGAGUGAAUUGGAAAUGAGUGAGGAGUUUGGUCUUGUGACUCCUAGAGCCAAGCAUCUCUUGGCUAUUCCUACUUAUCGUCUUAAGAAAUGAUAAUGUGGCUAGAGCCUCUGGAGAGGAGUAGAAUUAUAAAGUUUAAACUCAACUUAACUUCAAUUCUGAAUCUAUUUUCAAUUGCUAAAUUAUGUAACGUUUGA